CGGACCGGCCUCGCCGCGGGGUUGCCGUGGAGACAGGGCGUGCAGUGUGGAUGCGGCGACGCGCUGAGGCGCGGCCUUUGCUGUCUGUCUGCGGAGGGGGACUCGCGGGACAGACGUCAACAUGAUGCUUUCAAGGGCCAAACCUGCUGUGGGCGGGGACCUACCACACGCUGACAAAAGAAAGAAGAAAGGUAGGAAGAUUCCAAAACUAGAGGAGCUACUUUCCCAAAGAGAUUUCACUGGAGCUAUUACUCUAUUGGAGUUCAAACGUCAUGUUGGGGAACAAGAAGAGGAUACUAAUUUGUGGAUUGGAUACUGUGCUUUUCACCUGGGUGACUACAAGAGAGCUCUAGAGGAAUAUGAAAAUGCUACAAAAGAGGACAAUUGUAAUCCUGAAGUCUGGGUGAACCUAGCCUGUACCUACUUUUACCUUGGGAUGUAUAAACAAGCUGAAGCAGCUGGAUUUAAAGCACCAAAAAGCCAGCUCCAAAACCGUCUGCUCUUCCAUUUGGCUCAUAAGUUUAAUGAUGAGAAAAAAUUAAUGAACUUUCAUCAGAAUCUUCAGGAUAUCACAGAAGAUCAACUCAGUUUGGCCUCAAUCCACUAUAUGAGAUCUCACUACCAAGAAGCUAUUGAUAUUUAUAAGCGAAUACUGCUAGAUAACAGGGAAUACCUUGCCCUCAAUGUUUACGUGGCCCUCUGCUACUACAAGCUGGAUUACUAUGAUGUGUCUCAAGAAGUUUUGGCUGUUUACCUUCAGCAAAUUCCCGAUAGUACCAUCGCACUCAAUCUUAAAGCCUGUAAUCAUUUUCGCCUUUACAACGGCAAAGCAGCUGAGGCAGAACUCAAAAGCUUGAUGGACAACGCUUCUUCAUCCUUUGAAUUUGCUAAAGAACUCAUCCGGCACAAUCUGGUUGUUUUCCGAGGAGGUGAAGGGGCUUUGCAGGUUUUACCUCCCCUGGUUGAUGUCAUUCCUGAAGCUAGACUAAACUUGGUGAUUUACUACCUUCGUCAAGAUGAUGUACAAGAAGCUUAUAACUUAAUUAGGGAUCUGGAACCUACUACUCCUCAGGAAUAUAUUCUCAAAGGAGUGGUCAAUGCAGCCGUUGGCCAGGAAAUGGGUUCAAGGGAUCAUAUGAAGAUUGCCCAACAGUUCUUUCAGUUGGUGGGAGGAUCAGCUAGUGAAUGUGAUACAAUACCAGGGAGACAGUGCAUGGCUUCCUGUUUCUUCCUGCUUAAGCAAUUUGAUGAUGUCUUGAUUUACCUCAACUCAUUUAAGGUCACCAAUAAUGGAUAUUCUUAUUGCACAACCAUCUUCAUGCAUGUGUAUUCCCUUUCUUUCCUCUUCUUGCAGGUGUUCCUUUUGAUCCAAAGUGAGAAGAUGAAAAAUGAUUAUGUUUACCUCAGUUGGUUAGCUCGGUGCUAUAUUAUGAAUAAGAAACCAAGACUAGCCUGGGAACUUUAUCUCAAGAUGGAAACCUCUGGCGAGUCCUUCAGUCUCUUACAGCUCAUUGCUAAUGACUGCUACAAGAUGGGCCAGUUUUACUAUUCAGCCAAAGCCUUUGAUGUCCUAGAAAGGCUGGAUCCCAACCCUGAAUAUUGGGAAGGCAAAAGGGGUGCUUGUGUGGGCAUCUUCCAGAUGAUCUUAGCUGGAAGAGAACCAAAAGAGACCCUUCGAGAAGUGCUCCAUUUACUGAGAAGCACAGGCAACACCCAAGUAGAGUACAUCAUCCGGAUCAUGAAGAAAUGGGCCAAAGAAAACAGAGUGCCUAUCUAAAGUGCUGCAGAGCCAAGGAGCCAGCCUCUACUUUGACAUAAAAGUUGAAAUAACUUUUCUCAAGUUUAAUGUGAGAUACAGGGCUUAAUUUUAUUGACAUUUCGCUUCCUCGCUCUUCAGGCCCCAAGAUCAGUGACUGACUUGCUUAGACCUGGCCUCCUAGCUCAGCAAAGUACCAUAGCGUAUGGCCCCUGUAUGAUCCUACAAGCAAUAAGACUUUGGACUUAUCUGAUGCCUUUCUUCCAAAAAUACUCAGAGUACUCGUAUGUAAUUGACUGACUUCAAGGAGAACAGCAUAACUCCUUUUAUGAUAGCAUUCCAUGGCAUUUUCUCCUAGCUGCAAUAACAAAUGUCUUUGAUGUUCAAG